AUGCCUGCUGUGUUGAAGUCUUCUCUGGAUGGGAGCAUGACAGAUUCGGGGGAGCUGGAGCAGGCGGCAACCCCCUGCUUUGGAAAAGUGCCCUGUGACCUGCUCCAAAACUUCCCUCACACUAAGCGUGUGGGCAGCUACCUGGUGGGCAAAAUGAUCAACAAGGGCUCAUUCGCCAAGGUUAUGCUAGGCAUGCACAUCAGUACAGGAGAGAAGGUGGCGAUCAAGGUGAUAGAUAAGAAAAAGGCUCGUCAGGAUUCAUACAUUUUAAAAAACAUGAAGCGCGAACCCCGGAUUCACCAGCUGAUCCGCCACCCGAACAUCGUCUUGCUGCUGGAGACGCUGGAGACAGAGAACUGCUACUACAUGGCCAUGGAGCUAUGCGGAGGAGGAGACCUUAUGGAUCGAAUCUGUGAACGCAAACGGCUGGAGGAGAGAGAGGUUUGCAGAUACACCCGUCAGAUACUGUCUGCAGUGGAACACCUGCAUCGACACGGGAUAGUUCACAGGGACUUGAAGAUUGAGAACUUACUAAUGGAUGAGCUCAACAACAUUAAGAUAGUAGACUUUGGACUGAGUAACACUCUGAAGGCAGAUUCUCUCUCUCUGGAGCUGCUGAACACUCAGUGUGGCAGUCCUGCUUACGCGGCUCCUGAACUGCUGGCCCACAGGAAGUAUGGCCCUAAAGUGGAUGUGUGGUCUGUGGGUGUGAGUAUGUUUGCCAUGUUGACUGGCACUCUACCGUUUACGGUGGAGCCCUUCAAUAUCAAGCAACUUCAUCAGAAAAUGGUUAAUGGAGAAAUCAGUCCGAUACCAUCGGACAUCAGCAAAGCGGCUGUACAGUUUGUCUUGUCUCUGCUGGAGCCAGAACCAGCAAAAAGGCCAACAGUAAAAACAGCAAUGGAGGAUAAAUGGUUGAAUGAGGGAUAUGCCAAGAGACCCCUCCAUACUGUCACUCAUAAAAACAGGCUGUGUCCUGAGGAUCUGAAUUCUGCUGUGUUAAACUACAUGACGGAAUCUCUAGGUUACGGUCUGACUGAUAUCAUCCACACGGUCAUCAGUAACAAGCCGUCAACCACUUUGGCUUGCUACCAUCUCCUGCUGAAAAAACUCACCAGGCAUCAGAAGGUAGUGAGGACCAUGAAGAGAGAAGAAAACAGCGAAUGGAAUCUUCUGAAUAAGGGCUUGUCGAGAGGGAGAAGCAAUGCAAGUGCAAAGAGUCAGCAGCAGUCUCCUCAGAGUGACACAGCCAAUGAGAGGAGCUCAAGGCAGGCCAGUAAGACCCAGCGGAGCCAAUCACAGGACAGAGACACCCAGAGUGGCACAAAAAGGACAGCAGAGUCCAUUAGACUAACGCAGCCAAGCCUAGCGGACAGAGCAGAUUCCCCCUCCUGCCUCCCCGUGGAUACAGCUAAUGAGAUCGCCAUACUGGUCGAGACACAUGAUGGACUGAUUCCUAAGGUCUUAACAUUUGGUGAGAAGGAGAUGCUUUGUGUCUCACCGCCUAAGUGUUCCUGCAGAGAGGGGAGUGGCACCAAACUCUGUGACUCCGCCCCUUGUGAUGCCACUGUAACCAUAGAAACCUCUAGAGACUCCCAGACAAUGAAAACAUCAAUCAAACCACAUGAUCUGAGACCGGCUUACUCUGACAAAUAUCAAGCGCUAGAAUACGAACAUCAGCCUGAUGACAAGUUAGAAAAGCUGCAGACGUUCUACUCCGAGAAAGGGGCUUCUCCCAGAACGGGACAGCGCUUUAAGGAUCUAUUACUGGCCAUUGAGGAGAAAACCUACAAUGCUCGCCACCUCAGCGCCAUGGAAACCAUAACACAAACCUCCCCUUUACCUCGACUACGUCACACUGGAAUGCUGAAGGAAGCCACACCUAGAAAAGUCACUUGGGUCGGUCUUACGCGCCACACAACGCCUGGCACUGGCUCCUCGCCUUUCUUAGUAAAUGGGUCCAAACCGCCAUUGUUUCCAUCUCAGAGACAACAAGCUCUCGUCAAUAAAAACCUGAGACAUGCAAAGGAGAAGAGGAACGCAGGAACGGGAGGGGGAGGAGGGAUCGGUAUCCCCAGUAAUACCGCGAAAAGAAAUUCUGUUCAGUUGCGAACAGCUAUACAGCGCAGAGUCACGGACCUCAACUUACCAAUGCUUCCAUCUGCUUUACAAAACAAAUCAGACAAAAAGACAGAAAUACUCAGAAUGGAUUUCGGGUGA